GAGAGUUGCCAGUGAUUUACAGCUGAGCCUGUGGGUGAAGGUCAACAUCAGCACUCAGGAACUUUGGGAAGAAAUGCUCGGUUCCAAAGGAUUAACUGUUGUUGACGUCUAUCAAGGCUGGUGUGGCCCCUGCAAACCUGUGGUGAGCCUCUUCCAGAAGAUGAGGAUCGAGGUUGGACUGGACUUUCUGCAUUUUGCAUUAGCGGAAGCAGAUUGUCUUGAUGUCCUUGAAAAAUAUCGAGGGAGGUGUGAGCCAACCUUUCUGUUUUACGCGGGAGGAGAACUGGUGGCCGUGGUUAGAGGAGCGAAUGCCCCACUGCUGCAGAAAACCAUCCUAGACCAGCUGGAGGCCGAAAAGAAGGUGCUGGCUGAAGGCAGAGAACGGAAAGUGAUUAAAGACAAGGCUCUGUCUGAUGAAGAUGAAUGUUUUCCCCACAUAAAGGACGAUGGUGAAGAUGAGAACAUGGUGUCAUCAGAGAAGACCUGUACCUUGGCAAUCAUUAAACCAGAUGCAGUGGCCCACGGAAAGACUGAUGAGAUUAUUAUGAAGAUCCAGGAAGCUGGGUUUGACAUUUUAACAAAUGAAGAGAGAACCAUGACCGAGGCAGAAAUGCGACUUUUCUACCAACACAAAGCUGGAGAGGAGGCAUUUGAGAAGCUGGUACAUUACAUGUGCAGUGGACCCAGCCACCUCCUGAUCCUCACCAGUACUGAGGGCACCGAGGACGCAGUCACUGCCUGGCAGACCCUCAUGGGGCCCUGUGACCCCAAUGUGGCCAGGAUGGAGCAGCCUGAAAGGUGAGGUCAGCAGCAGUGGUUCUUUCAUCCAUCUCAAAACCUGCAUCCCAGGGCCGACCCCGUGGCACACUCAGGAGAGUGCGGUGCUGGGAGUGCAGCGAAGCUCCCGCCGC